AGGAGGAGGAGGGGGCGGUGGCGGCGGCGGCAGCGGCCAUGUCGUGGCUCUUCGGCCUCAACCGCGGCGCGGCCCCGGGGGGCGGCGGCGGGGACGCGGCCGGGGUCUCCCUGCCUCCGGCCCCGGGGGGUACCGGAGGUGCCGGUGGGGGGGGAGGAGGAACCGGGGACCGGCACCCGCCCAAGGACAAAUGGAGCAACUUCGACCCCACGGGCCUGGAGCGGGCGGCCAAGGCGGCGCGGGAGCUGGACGCGUCCCGCCACGCGAAGGAUGCCCUCAGCCUGGCGCAGAUGCAGGAGCAGACGCUGCAGCUGGAGCAGCAGACCAAGCUCAAGGAGUAUGAAGCUGCCAUAGAACAACUGAAGAAUGAGCAGAUACGGGUACAAGCAGAAGAGAGACGAAAAACGCUCAGUGAGGAAACAAAACAGCAUCAAGCACGAGCCCAAUACCAGGACAAACUGGCACGGCAGCGCUAUGAUGAACAGAUGCGACAGCAGCAACUUGCUAAUGAGGAGAACCUGAGGAAGCAGGAGGAAUCUGUACAGAAACAGGAAGCCAUGAGGCGUGCUACUGUGGAGCGAGAGAUGGAGCUACGGCAUAAGAACGAAAUGCUGCGCGUUGAGGCAGAAGCAAGAGCCCGUGCCAAGGCUGAGCGGGAGAAUGCAGACAUCAUUCGGGAGCAGAUACGCUUAAAAGCUGCUGAGCAUCGCCAAACUGUGCUAGAGUCCCUCAAGACAGCUGGAAUGCUCUUUGGGGAAGGAUUUCGUGCUUUUGUAACAGACUGGGAUAAAGUUACAGCCACGGUGGCAGGCCUAACCCUGCUAGCAGUGGGAGUUUACUCUGCCAAGAAUGCCACCGCAGUAGCCGGGCGAUACAUAGAAGCACGCUUGGGCAAACCUUCCCUGGUGAGAGAGACCUCGCGUAUUACUGUGCUGGAGGCACUUAAGCAUCCUAUCAAGGUUGGUAAGCGUCUUACCAGCAAGGCUCAGGAUGCCCUUGAAGGAGUUGUUCUCAGUCCACAGUUAGAAGCACGUGUGAGAGAUAUUGCCAUAGCAACGAGAAAUACAAAAAAGAACAAAAGCCUAUACCGGAAUAUUCUUAUGUAUGGUCCCCCCGGCACUGGAAAGACACUCUUUGCCAAGAAAUUAGCCGUGCAUUCGGGCAUGGAUUAUGCCAUCAUGACAGGUGGUGAUGUUGCCCCCAUGGGGCGGGAAGGAGUUACUGCCAUGCAUAAGCUCUUUGACUGGGCAAACACCAGUAGGAGAGGCCUCUUGCUAUUUGUGGAUGAAGCAGACGCAUUUCUGCGGAAGAGGGCAACAGAGAAAAUCAGUGAAGAUCUCAGAGCAACUUUAAAUGCAUUCCUGCACAGAACAGGGCAGCACAGCAACAAGUUUAUGCUUGUUUUAGCAAGCAACCAGCCUGAGCAAUUUGACUGGGCUAUCAACGACCGAAUAGAUGAAAUGGUGAACUUUGAUCUGCCCCAGCUAGAAGAACGGGAACGGCUUGUGAGGAUGUAUUUUGAUAGGCAUGUCUUGAAGCCAGCUACAGAGGGUAAACAACGUUUGAAGCUGGCCCAGUUUGACUAUGGCAAAAAGUGCUCAGAGAUUGCCAGGCUGACAGAGGGCAUGUCUGGUCGAGAGAUCUCUCAGCUUGCUGUGGCGUGGCAGGCUGCAGCUUACGCGUCAGAGGACGGCGUUCUUACAGAGGCCAUGAUCGAUGCCCGGGUCGCUGAUGCUGUGCAGCAACACAGACAGAAGAUGGAGUGGCUGAAAGCAGAGGGUGCUGAAGCCAGCAAAGGGGCCGGCAGAAACCCCCUCCUGCCUUUCCCCCAAGGAACAGCGGUGUGAGAAGCUUCCUGCAGGCUUCUGACCAGCGUGUUUGGGGAAGGGGCGCGGGAGAAAAGCGGGAGGGUCUCCUGGGCAAAUGUUGGGUGGAAUCAUGUGUUAAGUGAGAAGUGUGUCCAUGGGUGCAAGGAAGGGGGAGGGAGCGCUGCCUCAGUCUGAUUUGGGAGUUCGUGUUUUAAGGAUGCACCAGAGGGGGAGGAAAAAAAAAAAAAGGUUUUAAUAAGGCAGAAACAACUGUAUUAAAGGAUGCCGUUGCUCAAACA